AACUGAAAGCUUAAUACAAAUCUUAUCUUAGUUUAACACAAAACGCGCUACUAGAAACAUCUAACCAAAAAGAAUAAAAAACAAAACGUUAAUUUAAAUCCCGGCUUAAACUUAAACAAAAAUAACAACAAAAAUAUACUACCAAUAUUUUCUCAUUGUACAAAUAUUGAAGUAAUAAUGACAAAUAAACAGAAAAUUAUUUUUAAACAAUUUACGCUCAUCUUUAGUAUUUUUAUAAUAAAAAUUCAAGCUUUUGCUUAUGAAGCUCCACCAAAUUGCUAUAAUCCCAAUGGACGCAGUGGUUUGUGUGUUUCCAUCUAUCAGUGUCCAUCACUGCUAAAUGCUAUAAAAACACAUGAACAGACAGCUUUUGCAUUUGCCCGCAAAUCGGAAUGCCAGGCAAAUGAUCAAGGCCGGCGACCGUACGUUUGUUGUACUUCUGACACCGGUUUUACCACACGCCACGAUUUAAACGCUGAUCGUAUUAUUUUCCCCUCAGAUUCGGAUUACGAUGAUCAGACGUCACGUGCUGUAGGGGUAACAACAACGUCAGCUUAUAGGGAAAAGGAGACUUUUCAAAAAGAGAAUUCACCGCUGUUUCCAAAACCUCCUGUUUGUGGUCCCAUUAAUAUUGGCAAUAAAAUAUAUGGUGGCGAGGAAACAGAAUUGGGAGAGUUUCCAUGGUUGGGCAAUUUGGAGUAUAAAAAGUUGAAUGGUGACAUAGUAUCCGUCUGUGCUGGAAAUAUUAUAAAUGAAAGAUAUCUUCUAACUGCAGCCCAUUGUGUUAAAGGAGAAAUUGAAGUAAAAAUUGGAAAAUUAGUCUCAGUACGUGUGGGUGAUCACAAUACCCAAACACCGGUUGACUGCAAUAAUUUUGGAUGUUUAGAUGACUUUCAGCGAAUGUCCAUUGAAAAGAUUAUAGUGCAUUCAAAUUAUGGUUCCUAUAAUGGUUAUCAUAAUUACAAUGAUAUAGCUCUCAUUAGAACCGAUCGUAAUAUUCAAUAUUCAAUUUCAGUGGCACCCAUUUGUUUACCAAAUGCUGUACCACAAGUGCCACAAUUAAGAUCGGGCAUAAAAUUAUCAGUAGCUGGUUGGGGUCAUACGGGAACCGCAAGAUACAGUGCCGAAAAACGCAAAGUAGAAUUGCCCUAUGUAGAGAAUCAGAUCUGCCCUAUAAAGGUGGCACCCGAACAAUUGUGUGCCGGAGGUGAAUAUAAAAAAGAUAGUUGCACUGGUGACUCAGGUGGCGGUUUAGUACGUUUGGCCGGUGAUGCAUGGGUUGUGGAGGGUAUUGUAUCAUAUGGUCGUGGUUGCGGUUUAGAGCGACCUGGUGUUUAUACUCGCGUUAGCAGUUAUAUUCCAUGGAUACAAGCUAAUGUUCAACCAUAAGAUAUUUUUGUUUAUUUUAUUUAUAUGUCUUGAUAAUAAUCUAUAUGAUCUCUGUGAUAUUUUUUACUUAUAGUUGUUGGUAAAUUUAAAACAAAUUAAAUUACUUUUUUUGUGCAAAAACUUUCCAUUUAAAAUAUGUUUGUUAUU